AUGAUCUCUUCUUUUCCACUCUUGCCAUUUAGUAUGAUGAAGGAAUCAUCAGCUCCAAAAGCAAUCAACAUCAUAAGACCUUCAAAUCAGACUACUAAUGUCAACAACCAUCCUCCUCAAUUCGUUUCAAAGCCCUCGAAAAUCAUCGCUUCAUCGAAAAUCCAUCAGAGAUCAUCGACAUUCAGUCUAUACGACCCAAAGCAGCAUACGGCUACUGUUCAACCUCUUAAAAAGCCAAUGAUAGAACUGUAUAAGCCAGGCAAAUAUCAGCUGAAAAUGCUCACUCGACCUCACAUCUUACAAAAGUCCGAGCAAAUGUCAAAUCCAACACCACCACUACCUGCAUUGCCAAUGCCUAUAACCGACAUUGUAGAUCAGAAACAAGAAGAUUUGAGUGUACCAAGUGACAAUGAAGGUGCUGAAGAUCAAGCAGAGGUGACCCAAGAAGAAGAAGAAGAACAAGAAGAACAAGAACAAGAACAAGAACAAGAGAGAAAAGAGGAAGAAGCAAAACAGCAAAGCACCAACAAUGACAGCCUGCCUGAAGCUCGCAUCCAUCGAAAGAUCGCAGAUUUAGAAAUUUCAAACAAAUCGUUGCUCACAAUAAAUGGAAUGCUGGAAUUAACUGUUCGGCAUCAAGCAAAGCAGGUUGCUUCGUUUAAGAAACGAAUAAUGACAAUUCCAGAUGCCGAAGAGCAGCAAGAGCAGCAGCGCAGAGAAGAGAUCAUACGGCAAGCAGAAAAUGAAGAGGAUUGGGAAAACGACGAGCAAUUCAAUCGAUUGAAGCGCAUGACAGAAAUGUUGAUUGAACAGGCUCAGAAUGCGCUUACAUUUCAAGCGCAGGCGACUGGUGGACGAGUGAUCACAACAGGCCAUCAUCACCGCCGUCGAUCCAGCAGCACUCGAAGACAUAAAAGCACACGUAGUAGCAAUAAUGAAACACAACAACAGUGA